UUAAUCAGUGCUGGCGAAAAGUUGGUUGUUGUCGAUUAUACUGCUACCUGGUGUGGACCAUGUAAAGCAAUUGCACCAAUAUUUAUACAAUUAUCAAACCAAUACCCAGAUGUUAUCUUUUUAAAGAUUGACGUUGAUAAAUGUAAAUUUACUGCAGAAGAACAGGGUAUAAGAUCAAUGCCAACUUUUCAAUUUUUUAUUAAAGGUCAAAAGAUUCAUGAAUUUAGUGGAGCUGAUAAGAACCAAUUAAAAGGUUCAAUUGAAAGAUUA